AUGGCCGUUGCGCAAAGGCUCCUCGUCAGUAUGUCCUGCGAGGCCGGCACGCCGCACUGGACGCUGACCGCGGUGGUCCUCCUGGGCUUUCUGCUGGGGGUCGUGUCAGCGUACCCGUUACCGAGCAGCAGCAGGACAAACGCAACUUUACUGGAGAGACGAUGGGAGACGCUUUUCUCGCGCUCCGUACUGGGGAUCUCCGGGGAGAAACCGGAGCUCAACUGGGAGAGUGACUAUCUGCUGGGCAUCAAGAGAGUGCGGAGGCUCUACUGCAACGUGGGCAUCGGGUUUCACCUCCAGGUCCUCCCCGACGGCAGGAUAAACGGUGUACAUAAUGAAAACCAGUACAGUCUAUUAGAGAUUUCUACGGUGGACAGAGGAGUGGUGAGCCUGUGUGGGGUGAGCAGCGAGAUGUUUGUCGCAAUGAACAGCCGUGGAAGGUUGUACGGAACGACAGUCUUCCAUGACGAGUGCAAGUUCAAGGAGAGCUUGCUCGCGAACAACUACAACGCCUAUGAGUCUCUGGUCCACAGAGGCUCCUACAUAGCGCUCAGCAAGCAUGGCCGCGUGAAGAGAGGGAACAAGGCCACGACCGCCAUGACUGUAACGCACUUCCUACCCCGGAUAUGAUGAGCGGAAAACGGGCAAUAACAAACUUAUUUGCACAUGUGGAUUAUUUCCCAGGUAACAUAGAUGCCGUAUACGUAGGUACAAACACAGAAGACGACACAGACUGUAAAAGAAAGAAACACCACUAUAUCUGAUAGUAUUUAUUCAAACUUUAUAUGUAUAUUUGGGUAGCUUCCUUUGUAUUAGAAAUGAUGGAGAUGCCAUUCUUUGCUGCUUUUUUGAUUUUGAUCAUUUUGUGACAUGAUGGGGAUGGACAGGUGCCCUUCAUCUCCUCAGUUUCUCUGGGUGCUUGCCGGAAUUGGUGGACCUCUUGCCCUGUCAGUGGAUGACAGUCCACCAAAUGGAUACAUUAUUACCUCAAAGCACCGUUUCCUGAGAAGUAGAAGGGGAAGAAGAAAAAGAAAAAAUGUGUGCAUGAAAUUUCUACAGAGAAGAACGCCUGUUUACUGAAAACGCCUUUUCGAUGUCAUCCAUCGAGGAUUUGAGCGCUUCCCAUUGUCUAAGUUCAACUGUCUCUGUCACUGUCAGGGCAACUAGGGCACUUGCGAAUAUGGCGGUGUGUUUUUUAUGUUCAUGCCUCGUCAUGAGGUGGCGCCUUGAGUUCCUACUUGCGCCCCCCCCCUUGCCCUUGCCCUUGCAUGCGAGAAACACGGAGCUCAAGUCAGAAAUAGGAAUGAAACACAAGUGGUUGCCUCCUCAGACACCACCAGGAGGCCUGAGCCCAAUUCCUAGAGGGCCGGAGGUUUCUCCACUUUAUUUGCUUUCCAUAAUUAGACCAAUUAGGGAAUCAAGACUAUGCUGCACAGGCACCCAGUGGAGGCCGUUGUUAAUAUGGGAAGCUAGAUUUAGAGUCGGCACCCAUCCGCCCCCUAUCAUUUCCAAGGGAGCUUUGACAAUCCCAGGUUUUAUUUACACAAAUGUGACCGGAUCGUCAGGCCAGAUUGAAUGUGCGACUUUUUAGUAAAUAUGUCGGCAUGCGUUACUUUCAAGUCUAAAUGUGGACUUUCUCAGUUUAAGAGCUCCUCGAUUUGAAAGGCUUUCUUUUUUUUUCAUCGUCCGAGGUCAAGGGUGCUUCUGUAACAGAAUAUACAGAAUAUACCAGACCUAUGAAACGAAAUGCCCUCCUGUAUAUUUCCCUUGAGUUCGGUUUCAUUGUCAGAAUCUGUCGCUUCUGGUCUGGAACCUUGACUUCAUAUUUAAAAGUGAAGAUGGGAGUUGUGUGACUUUCACACGGGUUUGAUGAUGUUUGGAGCUUAAAGUCUGGUGUUGGUGUUUCAGUGAACAUCAUUGAGUGCUCAAUUACCUGUAAAAAUGAUGGUUCACUGCAUUCAUUUGAAAUAGUGUAGAUUCUCUGGUUUGGUUUGGAUGGAACUUGAAUUACUUCUGAGUUAAUGAUUCUGGGAUAUGUGAACAAUACUUCAGGUAACUUAGUCCGUCGGACAUUUAGAAGAUGUCGAUCGCGCUCACAGGUCCCAGAUCUUUUAGCGCAUUUUUGAGAUUGGCCGCUGAGUCACAGGAUGGCUUCUUGCAAACAAAGAAAGACGAGCAAUUUUGCCAAACGCAGCGAACCAAAGGGUUAUAAAGGCAACGUUCCUCCGGGCUUUGUGUAUGCAGCAUACCAUACUUGAAUUCAACAACUGCUCAGGCUCCUCUUUCAGAGACGAAGGGGGCGAGGAGAACAAAGAGCGAGCAAAGUUGAAGAUAGCAAUGAUGUGCGGAUGACUUAGAUGGCACUCGGCAUGUGGCACUGGUUGUUUGCUUAACUUGGCGAGGAUGUGAAUAAUGUGGGGUAAAAUACCUGAGCAUCACACUUAGCGGGCCCCUCGUCGGUCGAGGGCCCUGGGAUUCUUGUCCCGCUCAUCUGAGCCAUUUUUGUACCAAGGUCGAAGACCUGUGCUUCCUGGCCUUUGUGUUACUGACCGAGGCACGUUUUCUGGUCCAUCUCGACGGCUUUAGUCGGUCACAGAGCUCUGCGCCUGCUAUUUCAAGACGUGAAUGGUUGUCUUGUACUGUAUAACAAAGACGUGAAGGAUUCUGCACUUUUCUUGUUCUCCCGAGCAGAGUCUUUUUAAUGUGGAAAUGUGGUGUGAGAGAGCUAGAUUUUAUCUUUAUGAUUUUGAGACACGUUUUGCUAUUUCGGCACUUGAUCGGCAAUAUCCUGUCAGUAGCGAACCAGCACUCAGGCCAGUUUGGUGUCAUAUGAUGAAAGAAACAUGCAUGGCUAUUAGAGUUGUAUAGUUAUCAUAUUUCACCUCAUGCCCUUUCGAACAUCACUGCAACGCGUUGACAAAAUGUCUGUGAGCAAUGGUUUACGUGCCCUUUAAGCUCCAGCUUUUAUGUCUAGUGGCAGAGACGACAGAGCGCUAUCUGGAGUCUUUGUAAGCAUGUGUGUAUGUGUGUGUGUGUGUGUGUGUGUCUCUACAUGCAUGUGUCCUGAUGUCCUGUUUCUGCCAAAGCGACAGCAGAGAUGGUAUCAGAUAGAUUUACCUCGAGUCAGGAAUAACGGGGCAGAGUCUGUGCGAGCUGAUGUGCUGUACUCUCUUCACAGGAGGAGAACGAGGCGGGAGGGACGUGUGAAAGAAAAGAAAGCACCGCCUGUGAUUUGAGCGUGUCGUUAUGUAGCAAAAAGUCUACUUAUAGAGAAUCAAAUGCUUCCAGGAAAGGGACACUUGAGGUCAACAAGUUGUGCGGUAAAUGCUGUGAUCCAGGAGAAUGACUUUCUUUUUCUUCCCUUUAGCAUCACAUUACUCAUUGUGAUUUUAUUUAUUGCUUCACUAUGAUCAGAUUUUUCUUCUGAACUGAUUUUGUGGCAGUGAGGAUUUGGCUGGAGAAGUAUUUUUGCUAAUUUGUCAAAAUAUUAAAUAUUAUAAUAUUUAUUUUAUAUAAUAUUUACUGAACAUGGGGUACAUGCUGUUUCCCCGUGCUCAGCUUCCAUCAAAACAAGCUCUCAGAAACACUUGUUUUUGAUGAUAACAUUGUCAUUAUUACGUGAUGUAAUUUCUGAUUUAUUAUGGUAUGUUUCAGAGGACGCUACCGGCACAAGAAGCGAUGAAUCAAGUGGGAAUUGUAAAGUUACAAUGGCUCCCUUCACUAGUAAGGGACACCUGAUACGUUUCGAGAGGCAGAAAGAGGUUGUACGAUACAGUGGAAACUGAGAGCGUGGUUGUCACUGGUACACCAUCCGUUAACACUGACGCCUCCUUAAUGCAGACGGAGAAUGGAUUACGUGUGUGUUCCGCCCUUUGAUUAAGGAUCCAGUGUCUGGAUUUUGCCAUUGUGCUUCUCAUACCUUCAGCUGGUUUUAAAAUGUGUUUCAGGCUCACAGGGAACCGGGGGUCUAUGGAAGGAUCUGGGUUCAAACGUGUGUGUGUGUGUGUGUGUGUGUGUACACGUGAGAGAGCUCCUGAGUGUGUGUGUGUGUGUGUGUCCCUGUGUGCCAGCAGCCUUUGUGUUUCUCUCUCAGUUUUCUAUUCCUGCACUGAGGGUAGAGUGCUUCCUCUGAGUCCCCCUCCUCUUUUUUAACAUAUACCUCACCUUCUGCCUUAGUUCCGAUUAUUGAAAUGAUUGUAAAUUAGUGUGAGACAACAGACUUCUCCAAUCAUUUGUUUCUGAAAAAUACGAUAAUGAGUAACUAAAAUACUAUAUAGCAAAUGGUUUUCUUCUUAUUUUUGUACGUAUGUGCUGUGCACAGCAGUCAACUGUAUUCCUGAGAUGAUAAUAAAAGACCUUUUGUAAAAGCU